AUGGAAUGCAUCAACCUCAUCACCCCGCCCUCAUCACCGCGCAAGCGCAAGGCGUCGGCGCCGCCCGACAGCGACUCGAGUGAUUGCGAGCUGCUCGACGGGCCGGCACGCGAUGCAGGCACCUCCCAGCCGCAGCCGAGCGACGCGGGCACGUCACAUCUGGACAGCGACUCCGACGAGUGCGAGGUUGUCCAGCCCGCGCCGGCGCCGCCCGCAGCAGAGGCGGCAGCGGGCACCGCCGAGGACGAGGAUCUCUCCAUCGUUGGCACCACGGGCGCCUUCGCGCUGAGCGAUUUCCCGCACUCUCGCGAGAACUGCGCAACCAAGCCCUUCGUCUUGGGGAGCGGCACCGAGGCGAUGCACUGCAGCAACUGCUACUGCUUCGUCUGUGAUGCCCCGGCCAGCACGUGCGGCUCGUGGGCGGUGCACUGCAAGGCGGUUCACUCGGACCCGGCGUGGCGAGCGCGCCGUGCGCAGCGCGCAGCCGCCGCCGUGGCGGCGGCGAGUGCCCCGCCGGCACCCGGCGCCGCUUCCUCCUCCGCUGCCGCUUCCUCCUCCGCCGCCGCUUCCUCCUCCGCUGCCGCUUCCUCAUCCCCCUGGCUUGCCCUGCAAGCGCCGGCGGCGGGCUGGUCGUGCGAGCGCGUCAUGCAGGAGGUGCAGCAGGUCUGGCCGGUCGAGGCGGCCGAGCCAGCAGGGCUGCUCUCCUCCGUGCGGCUAAAGCCUUACCAGAAGCAGUGCCUCGCCUUCAUGCUCGGCGUCGAGCGGUCGAGCGACCCGAACCUCGAGGGCGUGCGCAAGGCAUCUAUGGCAGAAACCAUCGCCGGCCGCACCGACAACUUUCGUGUGCGCGGCGGCUGGCUCACGUCGGAGGUGGGGAUGGGCAAGACGAUG